UUUUUAUGCUGUAAAAAUAUUAAACUUUUCAUCGAUGUCUGUCGCAAUCAUUUUAAGCUGCGUGAAGCGGAUCUCUUCGAGCCUAGUAUGCUGUAUGAUUUGACACAUUUUCAUCGAGUUCUCAUAACACUGUCCAAAUUGUCACAAUGUGCAAAAGUACAAAAAUUACAUCCAAAUAUUGUAGGCUUUAAUUUACAAUUAUCCCCCAGCGAAAGAUCUCAUUCGGACGAAGCCAUCUACAAGGAUUUACACUCAACUACCACCGAUAAUAAUGCAUGCAAUGGUCAUGUUGAUGAACACAUUAAUACAAAAGAGGAAGAAGUCUAUCAAGAUUUGUGUGCUUUACAAAGAACGAGUAGAAGUCAGAUUACAUCGGCCACCAGUUUUGAACAACGUGAUUAUGUUAUACGCGAACUAAUCGAUACAGAAUCGAAUUAUUUGGAUGUUCUAAAUGCUUUAAAAAUGAAAUUUAUGGCACCAUUGGAAAGAUAUCUAACACCCGAUGAUAUCAAACAAAUAUUUCCACGUAUAAAGGAAUUGGCCGAUAUCCACACAAAGUUUUUGGAUAAAUUAAGAGAUUCCUUACAGCCGCAUGCCAAAAUGAAAAUGGGUCAAGUGUUUUUGGAAUUCCGCGAGCCCUUCCUAAUCUAUGGUGAAUACUGUUCAUGCCUGUUGGGAGCAAUUGAUUUUUUGGCCGAUAUUUGUAAAAAGAAUCAAAUCAUAGAACAAUUAGUACAGCAAUGUGAACGUGAAUACAAUGUGGGCAAAUUGCAAUUAAGGGACAUUUUAUCAGUACCCAUGCAGCGUAUUUUAAAAUAUCAUUUACUAUUAGACAAAUUAGUUAAGGAAACAUCACCGGCUCACGAAGACUAUCGGUCGCUGGAAAGAGCUAAAGAGGCCAUGAUUGAUGUAUCACAAUAUAUAAAUGAAGUUAAAAGGGAUUCCGAUCAUUUGGUUAUUAUACAAAAAGUUAAGGACAGCAUAAUUGAUUUACAUUUACUACAAAAUGGCAAUGAUCUGUUACAAUACGGCCGGCUAUUGCUCGACGGAGAGUUGCAUAUCAAGGCCCAUGAAGAUCAAAAAACCAAACUGCGUUACGCUUUUGUUUUCGAUAAAAUUCUAAUUUUAGUUAAGCCAUCGCAUAUGAAAACGGGCGAUAUGCAAUACACAUUCCGUGAUUCACACAACUUAGCUGAAUAUCAAGUGGAACAGAGUCAUUCGCGGCGUACCAUUGGUCGUGAUUCACGUUUUAAAUAUCAGCUGCUGUUGGCUCGUAAAUCGGGCAAAACCGCAUUUACAUUGUACUUGAAAUCGGAACCUGAACGUGAUAAAUGGCGUAAAGCCUUAACCGAAGCAAUGGAAAACUUAGAUCCACCCGGCUGUCGCAACACGGACCACAAAAUGGAAAUUUUCACCUUUGAUGCACCCACAACCUGUCGACAUUGUUCGAAAUUUUUAAAGGGUCGCAUACAUCAGGGCUAUCGCUGCAAAGUCUGUGAGAUUGCUGUUCACAAAGGUUGCAUAUCAUCAACGGGUCGCUGUAAACAAAAUGUUGUUGCCAUACCACCACCAGUUUGUGAUAGACAAUUGGCUCAAUUUAAUUGGUUUGUCGGCAAUAUGGAUAGAGAAACGGCACAAGCUAGACUCGAACAUCGUCGUGUUGGCACAUACCUGUUGAGAGUAAGGCCACAAGGUGCAUCAAAUCCCAAAGAAACAAUGUAUGCUUUAAGUUUAAAAACCGACGAUAAUGUCAUUAAACAUAUGAAAAUAAAUCAAGAUCAUUCGGGUGAUAGUGUCGCAUAUUGUCUCUCAUCGAGGCGACAUUUUAAAAAUAUUGUCGAACUGGUAUCAUAUUAUGAGCGCAAUGAUUUAGGUGAAAAUUUUGCUGGUUUAAAUCAAUCCCUACAAUGGCCAUAUCGUGAAGUUUUAGCUACGGCCAUAUAUGAUUUUGAACCCAAAGGCAAUAAUCAGUUGGCACUUAAAACCGGUUGUCAGGUAUUGGUAAUCGGUAAAGAUGGUGACAAUAAAGGUUGGUGGCGGGGUAAAAUUGGAGAUACGGUUGGCUACUUUCCCAAAGAAUACGUUCAGGAGCAUCCACCCACCAACGAUGAACUUUGAUAUUACAAUUAUGAAAUCGAUUUUUCCCGCAGUAAAUUGGAACGUUCUCAGCAAAUGAGAAAUUCGCUAACCAUGAAUUUUUGUAAAGAAUUAUCUUUAGAUCUGGGACAAAAUGUACCAGCCACACCAC